AUGCCAGGCGACGAGACACUACAAAAGCGCGAAGAGGAGUCUGAGUCAGAGGAGGAGGACGAUGAGGACGAGGUCAUGGACGAGAUCCCGACAGUCGAUGUCGAUGUUACCACAUUAACGCCUCUCUCUCCGGAGGUUAUCUCGAAACAGGCGACAAUUAAUCUGGGCACUAUCGGUCAUGUCGCUCACGGAAAAUCGACGGUGGUCAAGGCCAUCUCUGGAGUUAUGACGGUCAGGUUCAAGAACGAACUGGUCCGAAAUAUUACUAUCAAGCUUGGAUACGCUAAUGCUAAAAUCUACAAAUGCGAAAACGAAGCAUGCCCGCGGCCAGGAUGUUACCGAUCCUACCCCUCAUCCAAGGAGGACAAUCCUCCUUGUGAACGCCCAGGAUGUGGCCACAGAAUGAAGCUCGUCCGCCAUGUCUCUUUCGUCGAUUGUCCCGGACACGACAUUCUGAUGGCCACCAUGUUGAACGGAGCCGCUGUCAUGGACGCUGCCUUGUUGCUUGUCGCCGGAAAUGAAACCUGCCCGCAGCCUCAGACCUCCGAGCAUCUUGCUGCUGUCGAGAUCAUGAAGCUGGAGAAUAUUAUCAUUCUGCAAAACAAGGUCGAUCUGAUUAAGGAAUCACAGGCCCUCGAGCACCAGAAGAGUAUCGCUGCUUUCGUCAAGGGAACUGUGGCUGAAUCAUCACCCAUUGUCCCCAUUUCCGCCCAGCUGAAGUAUAACAUUGACGCCGUCAACGAAUACAUUGUUAAGCGCAUCCCCAUCCCCGUUCGCGACUUCCUUUCAGAUCCCCGCCUUAUCGUUAUUCGUUCAUUUGAUGUCAACAAACCCGGUGCUGAGGUCGACGAACUUAAGGGAGGUGUAGCUGGUGGUUCCAUCCUCACUGGAGUCCUAAGACUUGGCCUUGAAGUCGAGAUCCGUCCAGGUGUCGUCACAAAGGAUAGCGCUGGGCGCAACAAAUGCAAGCCCAUUUUCAGCCGAAUUAUGUCCCUUCACGCCGAAAACAAUCUCUUGUCAUUCGCCGUCCCCGGAGGCCUCAUUGGUGUCGGCACAAGGAUUGACCCUACACUUUGCAGAGCUGACCGUCUUGUCGGUCAAGUUCUUGGUGCUGUUGGUAAACUUCCAAAAAUUUAUACCGAAUUGGAAAUUAGCUUAUUCCUUCUCCGCCGUCUCCUCGGUGUGAAAACCGAAGACAAAAAGCAGACCAAAGUCUCGAAACUCGUUAAAAACGAGCUGCUGCUCAUCAACAUCGGAUCGACUUCGACCGGUGGACGUGUCGUCAGCGUCAAGGCUGAUUUGGCCAAGAUUCAGCUGACAUCGCCAGCCUGUACUGAGAUCGGCGAGAAGGUCGCGCUUUCACGUCGUAUUGAGAAGCAUUGGCGUCUUGUCGGAUGGGGAAGUGUGCAGCGCGGUACGGUGAUAGAAGUAGACUAG